AUGGAUACAGCACCCAGGUUACCCAAUUCGACAGUGGCAAUGCUUGUAGAAUCUUUGACGGCCUAUUCUGUUGGCAGUACACCCAACCGUGUUGGGACGUUGACGGUGUUUGGAAGCGCAGGCCAGUUAGUGGGGGCCAUUGAUCUUGGGGACCAGGAGAAUCCACAAGAUGUGUCCAAGAACGAUGCUCAGCAAAUAAUUGAGGUUGCAAGCGGAUUAGUAAAGAGUGCAAUCAGUUUUGACGGUCUGAUGAAAUACAUCAAGGUGAACUACAAGGACCGGGAGUUACUCGUGAUUCCGGGGGAACAGUACAAUGUUGCAGCAGUGAUCGAUUCUACGGAAUAG